UCUUGUUUUGUUAGUGGAGACAAGUAUCGAAACAAUAUCUCGAGAUUUUAAUUUCGUUAUUCGUUACAAACAUUGAUAUACAUAUAUAACUUUAGUUAGUCUAGUGGUACGGUUUGAAUGGAGAAUAAGGGUCACUGGAUAUCGACGUUUGAGUUUUGAUAUGCAAUUCACGAAAGAACAAUUAAAAUAUAUACAAAUUAUCGAGCGAAUUUAGCGAUAAUAUAUGUCAGCCAGAUAACAGUCAUAAAAUCUCUUUUUAGCAAACAAAAAAAACAGUCAUAUUGAAUUCUUAAAUGCCUUUCGUUCUCAAAUAUUUUAUGUUGAAAAGGAUAUGUUUUAUGCGUUUAUCUCGAAACAAAUUCCUUAAAAAUAGAUUACCUCUAUGAUAAUAGCAACAAGAAAAAAAAAACUAGAAAAUGACAUGACGGAGGAGAUAAAUUACACUUUCAAUAUUUGUCCCGAAAAUUAAUUUUAUUGAUGUCGAUACGAGAUAAACUAUUGAGUUUAAUUAUUAGCUUAAGUUUUGAAAAGUUUGAUCGUAUUCGUACGUCAUUUAAAGCUUUUUUAUCCUCUUCUCUCCUCUGCUUAUAUAUACACACGUCCGAAUAAAUAAUUCGAUGUCUCAUCCUUCAGAGCUACUAAAGUAACACCAGAAAAGGAAAACCUCUGAAACAUACAUUUAUAGCAAUGGCGUUAUUGUCUAAACCGAACGAAAAAACAGAAUCCGGGUUUUCUCCAAUUCCGGUUAUAGAUAUCUCCGACCCAGAGUCCAAACACGCCCUCGUCAAAGCCUGUGAAGACUUUGGGUUCUUCAAGGUGAUCAACCAUGGCGUUUCCUCGGAGCUAGUCUCUGUCUUGGAACACGAGGCCGUUGAGUUCUUCUCGUUGCCCGCGUCCGACAAAACCCAAGUCGCUGGUUAUCCCUUUGGAUACGGGAACAGGGAGAUUGGUCGGAAUGGUGACGUUGGUUGGGUUGAGUACUUGUUGAUGAAUGCUAAUCUUGAUUUCGGUUCACAUUCAUUCUUUCCCGGUCUCUUUAAUAACCCAGAAACUUUCAGAAAUGCAUUGUUAGAAUACACAACAUCAGUGAGGAAGAUGACAAGCCAUGUUUUGGAGAUGAUAACUGAUGGGUUAGGAAUCGAACCGAGGAACACCCUUAGCAAGCUUGUCUCUGAUAAAAACACUGACUCUAUAUUCAGGCUUAAUCACUAUCCACCAUGCCCUCAUCAUAUCAACACCAAUACUAAUACCAAUGGUGACAACAAUGUGAUCGGUUUUGGCGAACACACUGAUCCUCAGAUCAUCUCUGUCUUAAGGUCUAACAACACUUCUGGUCUCCAAAUCAAUCUAGCUGACGGCUCCUGGAUUUCUGUCCCUUCAGAUCCUUCCUCAUUCUUCUUCAACGUCGGCGACUCUCUCCAGGUGUUGACAAAUGGGAAGUUCAAAAGCGUGAAGCAUAGGGUUUUAGCGAACAGCAGGAAAUCUAGAGUUUCUAUGAUUUACUUUGCUGGACCUUCUUUGACUCAGAGAAUCGCUCCCUUGAGUUGUCUUACUGACAAUGAAGAUGAGAGUUUGUACAAAGAGUUCACUUGGUCUGAAUAUAAGAACUAUGCCUAUCACUCUAGAUUAUCUGAUAAUAGGCUUCAACCAUUUGAAAGGAAAGCAGUAAAGAUAUCUUUGAAUUAUUCAUAAGUUUUGUUCGUGAUUCGUAGGUUUUAAGUGUGACAUAUAAUCUAUAUGCAUGUGUUUAAGUUAUCCAAUAAUUUAAAAACGUGACUGUUUUGGUUUCCUUCGAUCAGCAUCCCUAUAAAAAUUUAUGAUCCUUUUUUGUGUAACAUAUUUUUUUCCUAACAUUUAACUAGAUGAACUAAAUAUCUUUAAAAUUUAUCUUGAACUGCUAUAUGUAAUUGUAUCUAUUCAAGAUAAUCUUGAUAGCUAUAAUAACUCUAUGGAAGUUUAUAUUUAUAUAUAAUUAAAUUUAGUUUAUAAAUUUUAUACUAUUUAUUCACUAAAUUAUUUAUUUAAUUACUAAUUUUAUUAUUUUAAAAAUUUAUAAAAUAUGAUGUUAUU